UUUUCGUCUCUCCCCUUGUCGAGUAUAAAUACCCUCCUUCGAAGUUUGGCUAGUUCGUCGCAGUGUUCUUCAGCAACUGUUCCAUUCACCUGCUAAGCCCAGUGAAAAGCUUGCUAGAGAGAGAGAGAGAGAGAGAUUGAGAGAGAUUACAUAGAGAAUGAUAGGGUUGGAGGAUGUGUAUAAGGUGGUGGCAGCGAUGGUGCCACUGUACGUCGCGUUGAUGUUGGGUUAUGGCUCGGUGAAGUGGUGGAAGAUCUUUACACCGGACCAGUGUGAUGCGAUAAACCGGCUCGUUUGCUAUUUCACCCUCCCUCUGUUCACCUUCGAGUUCACGGCCCAUGCUGAUCCCUUCAAGUGGGACUACAUGUUCAUCGCCGCCGACGUCGUCUCCAAGGUCAUCAUAGUCGUGGUGCUCGCAUUAUGGGCCAAGUGCAGCACCAAGGGGAGCUAUGCCUGGUCCAUCACCAGCUUCUCGCUGUGCACGCUGACCAACUCGCUCGUCGUCGGCGUCCCUCUAGUCAAGGCCAUGUACGGCUCAUUGGGCGUGGACCUGGUGAUCCAGGGCUCGGUGUUCCAGGCGAUCGUGUGGCUCACAUCGCUCCUUUUCGUGCUGGAGAUGAGGCGGACAGGGCUUGACAUCUCAUCAACACCGUCCCCCGUGGAGGGUGACUCACCGGCACGGACUUCCAUCGAUCCGACGGCCAAAGUCGAUUUGGAAGGGAGGAUGGAGAUGAUUGUGAGCUCUAGUAGGCCAGCGUUUUGGUCUCUCAUGAGGCGUGUUUGGAUGAAGCUUGCCAUGAACCCAAACUCCUAUGCAUGCAUAGUUGGGAUAGCUUGGGCGUUCAUUGCAAACAGGUGGCACUUUGAGAUGCCAGGCAUAAUGGACGGAUGCAUACUGAUCAUGUCAAAAGCUGGGACAGGCACUGCCAUGUUUAGCAUGGGGAUGUUCAUGGCAUUGCAAGAGAAAUUGAUAGCAUGUGGACCGACCUUGACCGUGUUUGGGAUGGUUUUGAGGUUCAUCGCCGGCCCAGCUGCCAUGGCAAUCGGUUCUAUCGCCUUGGGCCUGCGUGGCGAUGUCCUCCGAGUCGCUAUCAUCCAGGCAGCACUGCCACAGUCGAUUACAUCUUUCAUAUACGCCAAAGAAUACGGAUUGCAUGCGGAUGUGCUUAGCACUGCGGUGAUCUUUGGAAUGAUAGUCUCCUUCCCGGUGCUGCUUGCAUAUUAUGCGAUUCUCGAGUUCGUUCACUGAUACUUGGAGAGUUGAAAAUCUUCCAUCUUCUUUUUUCAAUUUUGCAUAAUCUUUUUGUGUCUUUUUUGUCCCCUUUUUUUUUUUUUUUUGGGUUUUG